AUGAGUCAAUCCCCAACCAGUCGCGGGGCUACGAAGAAGAGCCGCUACGACAUGAAAAGAGAACGGGAUGUUCGGCUUCACUAUGGGGCCGCUUUUUGCAAUAUACCAUACGUUGACAAUCUGGCCGCUCAUACCCCCCACCCAUCUCACGACUCGACUCUGACGGCUUUGUGUCAGCUGACCGCUAUCCGGAUGGGAGGCCAGAGGGCCAUGAUCUCAAUUCUCGAAGAGGAACGACAACAUAUCCUAGCGGAAGCUACCUGUGAUUCCCCUCUCCGCCCAGAUAUACCGAAGGACGCGCGGGAUUCGCUGUGGGCUGGAAGUGUUAGCAUUCCUCGUAAUAUGGCAUUAUGCGAGAAUGUAUUGGAUCUUAGUCGUGAGAAUGAUGUCUUGGUUAUCAAUGACCUUGCGGCAUACAAAAAAACCGACCUUCAGGGUGCUAUUUACAGCAACUCUGAUGCGCGAUUUUAUGCCGGCAUUGCACUCGUAUCCCCAGACGACACAAUAGUCGGGACGUUAUGUAUCUUCGACAACCAAUCCCGGGACGGCCUGACCGGUGAACAACUUGGUAUUUUCAAGGAUCUGGCAUCGACCAUUAUCGGGUACCUGAACACAUACACAAUCAGGGAUCAGUACAGCCGAGGAGAAAGAUUUACGCGCGGCCUCAUCUCUUUCGCCGAAGGUGCAACAGCUCUAUUGCCUUUUGAGCACAACGAACAGCAAAUCUCAUCAUCGAUAUCUCAAGAAUCUCCGGACCUUUCUUCGGAAACAAGAGAAGAUCCUCUCGCUACACAUGGCACGGGAAGAACAGGAGUGGAUGAUCCAUCACCGAACAAUUCGCCUUCUCCGAUCCAUAAGGCAACUACCGCGAGGUCUGCAAGGCAUCAAGCAAUAGGGUCACUUCAAGACUCUAUUCUACCCGUGGACUCAAAAUCAAUGUUUUCCCGUGCGGCGAAUGUCAUGAUGGCCUCGAGUAAUUUGGAUGGAGUACUUAUACUAGAUGCAAGCGUUGCAGCAAACGGAGGCCAACGGCGCAACAAUGCCACUUCUCGAACCAGGAGCAGUGUCGAUUCUCUAUCCGAGUCUUACCAGCGUAAAAUGGUAGCUGAUCUUACCCGGAAAAUUAUAGGCCAGUUGCUUGGAGUUGCUACUUCGAACGACAGAGACAAAACAGCAUAUGGGUCGUUGUUGGAGUCUGAUCUUGCGCGUAUGCUUCACGAAUAUCCACAUGGCAAAAUUUUCACUUUCACGGCCAGCGGUAUCUUCGUAUCCUCGGAUGAGACCGCCUCGAGCCCUUAUUUCGCGGAGAAUUUACCCAGAGUGGCGUCUUCUAAACGACAAACAAAAAACUGGUCAAAGCGAUGCUCGGAAGCAAUCCAGACAAUGUUUCCUGAAGCGGCUAGUGUUGCUUUUGUUCCAUUCUGGGACUUUGAGAGGUCACGGUGGUUUGCAGGCUGUUUGUGUUGGAGCAACAACCCACGUCGCCUGCUGUCUCCCUCUGUUGAUUUGGUUUAUUUCAAGAUUUUCAGCAAUUCAAUCAUGAGGGAGUUGUCAAGACUGGAUGCUAUGGCUUUGGAUCAGGCUAAAGCGACAUUUGUAGCCUCUAUAUCUCACGAGUUACGAUCUCCUCUGCAUGGAAUACUAGGCACAUUGGAAUUUUUCAAGGAUACGCCUCUAGAUUCAUUUCAGGCCAGUAUGCUCAAUUCUUUGCAUGGUUGCGGGAUAACCCUGCUUGAUACCAUCAACCAAGUCAUGGACUAUGGCAAGAUCAGUGAAUCAAGAAACAGCAUCUCUUCGAAACGAAUAAAGAGUGAAAACACGAUAAGGUUAUCAUGUAAACCGGUAAAGAGUAGAAGGAGGAAAGAUCCCGCUUUUGAUAUUGGCACUGCGACAGAAGAAGCUGUAGAGGCUGUAUUCAUAGGGUCAUCCUACAUCCCUGUCACCGCUCAAUACAUCAAAGAACUUCCGUCUAGAAUAGGGCAUGAGUCGACUCCUCUUCCGAAACGCAAGGUACGCUUUGUCAUACUUGAAGUGGCAUAUGAGGAUGAUUGGAUGUUCUCUUUUCCAAUCGGAUCAUGGAGAAGGAUAGUUAUGAACUUGUUGGGAAAUGCUGUGAAGUACACAGAGUCAGGCUAUGUACACGUUUCCCUGCGGUCUAGUAAAUCAGCGGAAGGCACCAAUGCACCUACAACGAUUAUACUUACAAUAACUGACACGGGCUUGGGAAUGACUCCAAGUUUUCUUGCCAACAGAAUGUUUGAACCCUUCUCUCAAGAAAAUUCACAUUCGCCUGGUACUGGACUAGGCCUGAGUAUAGUACGACAAAUCAUUGACAUGAGCGGCGGGAAGAUUGAAGUCAGCAGCCAGCCGUCUAUUGGCAGCAAAGUCACCGUCAAACUCGCACUUACUCAGCCGGAGUCCUCAGAUUUGUUAAUGGCCGAGCACAGACAGUUUCAAUCGACCCUGUCAAGAUUACGUGGUCACAGAAUCUGCAUACUUUUCAGGAAAACGAAAAGGUCCCCAGAUGAUGCUGAUUACUCACAGGCUGAAGAGGGGCUUGUACGGUUCACUAAUGCGCUCGCCAACACUCUCGAAAAGCACCUGAAGAUGGACGUUGUAACGUCUACCGAUUCGGAAUACAACGGCGCAGAUAUUGUCAUUUGCCCGGAAGUUUCCUUCGAUUAUCUCAACAUUAUUCGCCGCCGUAGGGCUCGUGAUCAACGAGCUCCCGUCAUUAUAUUCAUUGGAAUGGACGCACUUGAAGCAGCUACUCUUCGUUCAGAUGUUCGCGUGACUUCCAAACAGUCUGUAGUUGAGAUCACAACUCAGCCAUGCGGGCCGCACAAAUUGGCUUUUGUUCUUAAUCGAUGCUUGGAUCGAUACAAUCAACCUGGUGAUAAUGUACAGCCUUCGAGGGCAGUCAGCCCGCUUCCCCAAACUGGAAGCCAUGGAGUUGAAGAAUCGAGCAUUCCCAUUCCGCCACCCAGCCCUACUCAACUGAAUAAUAGACCAUUGCAAGUUAGACCUGCAGAGAAUUCUGCUAAGGCCCCAGGCACAACGCCCACACCACAACCCGUACAUAUCCUACAUCAGGAAGAAGACUUGGCCGCAUCUCAUAUACUCAUCGUCGAUGACAAUAUGUUGAAUCGGAGAUUACUUGUGGCAUUCAUGAACAAGAAUGGUUUACAGCACCAAGAAGCGUCAGACGGUCUCGAGGCACUGCGCAAGUACCAAGCAGACUCGCAAAAAUUCGAGGUGAUAAUCAUGGACAUGUCGAUGCCAGUCAUGGACGGUAUGGCGGCUACUCGGGCCAUCCGCGAAUACGAGCAAACCCACAAUUUGCCUCGCAGCUGCAUUAUCGCAUUGACUGGCCUCGCAUCUUCAAGCGCAAGGUUGGAAGCAUGGAGCUCGGGCAUCGACCACUACAUCACCAAGCCUGUGAAUUACAAGGAGCUUAGAGAGCUUUUGGAGAGCGAGAAAUCGCGAAAGGAUGGACGCCGGAAAUCUGUAGAAGCGUCUGAGAAAGUACCUGAAGAGGCUGCAGAGAACGCGGCUUGA